AUGCUUGAACCAGAACCCACAGAAGACCUUGGGUCCCACUCAGAUAACCUUAAUGAAAAUCAAUAUCCCAUCGGACCGAUCUCCAAUUCUCAUACCUCAAAUUACCACUUUGAUUCAAUUUCAAAACCCUAUCUUUCCAUUUUAGUGACUGAGGCUUUUGUCACUUUGGCAACAAGUAAUGAAUACGCUGUGGGAGCCAUGGUUCUGGCAGCCUCCUUAAGGCAUACAAAAACGAACAAAAAGAUUGUCUGCAUGGUUACUAACACAGUCGACAAUCCCAUCGUGGAGGUAGUUAGGCAGGCUUUCGAUGAAGUUGUCAUGGUAGAUGUGCUUGAUAGCAGAGAUGAGGAAAACUUGAAACUCCUUAAAAGAAUUGAUCUCGGUGUCACCUUCACAAAACUUCAUUGCUGGCGUCUGAAACAAUACACUAAAUGUGUCUUCAUGGAUGCUGAUACAAUGGUUAUCCAAAAUAUUGAUGACAUGUUUAAAGGGGAGGAGAUCACUGCCGCUCCGGAUCCAGGAUGGCCUGACUGCUUCAACUCAGGUGUUUUCGUCUUCACGCCAAGCUUGGACACCUACCGGGCUCUGCUAGAUUUUGCGCUUAAAGAAGGCAGCUUCGAUGGGGGUGAUCAGGGACUUCUUAAUGCAUUUUUUCCUCACUGGCGCGUACAAGGGGCAAAGCAUCGACUGCCAUACACCGAUAACUGCUGUACCCACACCUUCUAUACCUAUUUGCCGGCUCUCAAGAAUUUUGGGUGGAGUGUUCGCGUUAUUCACUUUAUUGGACAAAAUAAACCCUGGAAAUAUUCCAUUAAUAAACAUACAGGUGGCUUGAACAUUCGUGAAUAUAUCGAUCCCCAAUCUCUGAGGUUCCUAAAUCUCUGGUGGCAUUAUUUCCUCACCGAAGUUCAACCUCAAAUAAAAUCAUUUUGGACCGGCAGAGUUGGAGAACUCGCGCAAAUGGAAGUGACGCACGGACCGAUAGUGAAUAUGCAACGUGAUCCAAGCCCACCGGGCAAAAGUAUGGCCAAAUGGGAGCGUGGAGAAAUUGACUACACCGAAAGUGAGCGUUUCGAGAAAAUCAAGGAGAAGUUGGAAAAAUCCCUAGAAAAGAAGAAAUAG